GCAAGUAAUGUUGUCAUGGAAACUGAAAGUGAAGAAUUUGUUGCACAUGGUAUUUACAAUACAGAGCCAACGGAAUAUCAGGAAGUUGCCAUGAAAACUGAGACAAAUCAACAAGAAAUUUCUGACAGUUAUUCAGUGGAUGGAAUGAUAAAAAAAUCUGACACCGUCCUUUUCAAAGCUUCAGGUUCUGAUAUUGCAGUGGCUGAAACCUCAGAACAUUAUGAAUACUUUCCUCUGAAGGGGCAUGAUUCAGACUUGAGUUCACCAGACUCGCCCCUGAUAGAUGAGAAAGAUGAGAAUAUUAAUGUGGACAAGCUGAUGAUCGAAGAGUGUGCUGAUAAUAAAGUUCAUCUGGGGCCAGGUUUUCCCAUUGUUGGCAAGAGUAUGAAUACUGUUGAAGUAAGCCAGGCUGGGACAGAGGUGAAUACAGCCGAUUGCAUUGUGGGCGGAGGCGAGAGAGUUCGUCAUAGGUCACAUUCUGGUAAUAGUGGGUGCUACUAUGAUGGUAGGAUGAUAGAGGAAUCUAUUUUCACACAGGAAGGUUCAUUUAUGGGUACUUUUGAUCACAGUACUGAAAGAUGCAAUGUGGAGAAUGGAUACGAUUGGGAAUCAGAUGAAAGUUCUAGCAGCACGGAAACUAGUUCUUACACAUCAGAAUGUCAAGACGAAUCCGAGAUAACCAUGGCAAUACAAGCUGCAGAAUUAGCAGCUAAGCAGCAGGCUAGAGCUCAUUUUAGCAGUGCUGGAGAUCUCAUACAUCGAUUAUUUGUCUGCAUAUCAGGUGUUGCUGAUCAACUGCAGACUAAUUUUGCUGCUGAUCUUCGGAAUAUUCUCAAAUCAGUAUUUGAAGUGUGUACCUCUGAGUCGUAUAACAUGGAAGAUUCUGACGUUUUCUGUAAUGGUGGAGCUAGUGGUAAUAUUGCUGAUCAAGGUACUGGCAGGACACAUAGUGGAAAUAAUGGACAAAGACGAGCUAGACGAUCAAGGCAUCCAAGUGGACAAUAUGAAGAGCCUCCAGCAUGGGUUCCUGAUGAGAAUUGCACAUAUUGUACUUCUUGUAAAGUUCCUUUUACGGUUAUACGUAGAAAACAUCAUUGUAGAAACUGUGGAAAGAUCUUCUGUGGACGAUGUUCAACUAACUCGGUACCGCUGCCGCGAUAUGGUGUCAUCAAACCAGUUCGUGUGUGUACAAAAUGCUACAUGUUUUGUGUUACACCCUUCCUGAGGUAGCAUGCAAGUCUCCAGUGGUGAACUUGAUCUAUACAACAAUUUACUGAAGGCAUUACUCUGCGUUUGAAUGAUCUUGGGUAAUUUUAUCUUCACAAGCUCUGAAAGUGCGCCCUCUAUGUAAAUAUAUAAAAGAAAUUGACAAAAUGGGCUGAACUUGUUGAGGGCAGCAUUGAUAGUGGUUAAACUAGCUUUCAAAAUAAUGUUAAAAUAAUUGAAUUGAAAAUAGUCUAGAAUCUUUGUUUAUUCUGACGUCUCAAAAACCUUUACAAUAGCCACCUAGUUAUGAUGACCAAUUUAUCUUAUUAGCCAUGCAAAUGUAUUCAAUACAUCACCUAUUACAUGUAAUGGCUGGCUGUACCAAAACCAAAGCAUUUAUACUGCUUUGAUGGUAUUUCAAAUCAUAAUUAUGGUCAAUAGCUAAUCGUUAUCUUGUUUUUUGAACAGCAUGCAUGAAAGACCCCAAAUGACCACACAGAUUUGAGACUAAAUUCAUUCUUAUAACCGAUAAUAAUGUGUAAACAGUAAAAUUUGAAGCAAUGAAUUCAUCAUUAGCAUCAAAAUGUAGAUGAAUUUUAAUUAUUAAUGAUUUUUUCCUAAUUUGUUUAAUUUCAAUGCAUACUUAACUUGGCGGUAUGUAUAUUUUGAUGUGACGUAUUCUGCUCAUUUAUCAGUUUGUAAAGUUAAUG